GUAGACACUGAGUGCAAGCGAUUGGUGUUCCAUCCAUCCAUCAGGGAGAUGAUGGUUGCGAAGAAGAUGAAGCAGGUGCCAGGGUAUGUUCUUGAUUCUCUGGCGAGCACAUUGAUACGCUUUCAGAGUCAUGGCUUGAUUGGCGGCCUAGCCUCCCUCUGGUUUGAUAAAAAGCCUGCCAUGGAAGGCGUGUGGGACAAUACAAUCAUGGUUCUGAAAGAGUUGCCCCUUGUGCCACGCGCGAUCCCUCCGGUUCAGUAUGUGGGCGCUGCAGCUACCGUCGCCAUCGACUAUUUUUUUGUGUCGUUUGGCGACCUGAGCAUCCACGACGAGAGGAUACCGGCCGAUAUCUUGAAGUUGGUGGUGGCUCUCCCACGGAAUAGAUACGACGACUUGAAUGCAUGCGUAAAGGACGUCUCAGGUUCGAGUCGUGGUUAUCAGUCUGCUACUCUGACGAUUGCCAGCGCACAGGAUCUCAUCAGGAGCGGCGUGCAUGACCCGGAGAAGACGAGCAAGUGCUUCCAAUUCACCGCCGAUGUUGUGACUGACGAACACGAUCACGAAAAGGAGGUGAUACAGCCUGAGGAGUCUUCGCUCCAGAAGCUGUCCGCGGUGGACACAGGAGAUAAGGUGGUGGAUGUGGAUGGUGCGGCUGCAGCAAGGAAACUUGGGUUACUGAAUGAUGAGGAAGAAACUGCAAGUAUUAUAGCGCAAUGCAUGCAGAACAGGGAGAGUGUUGAUUUCCGCGCCGGCGAUGGAACUGUACUGCUAGCCAGACCCCUGCCUACAGUACUCAGUGAGGUGGGACCCGGUGCAGAGGGAGAAAAAGUGGCCCUGGUAUUAGAGGGGGUGGAGGGGGAGAAAGUGGCCAUUGUAAUGGAGGGGUUGAAGGGAGAGAAAGUGGGACUACUGAGCUUGAAGAAAGCACCUAAAUUUGGCGGUCGAGUGACUGAGGCAUGCAAUGAGGUUAUGGAGGCAAAGCAGGAUACCUUCAAAGGGUCUGAAGCUUUGCCAGAAGAGGUCGAGAUGAUGAAGGAAGUGCAGGAGCCUCUUGGUUUGCAUGUGGAGCAUGCAAUUCAGCACUCACAAAGUGGAACGUGUGAGAGCCUGCCAGUCGUUCCAGGAGUCGCUGUCGCUGUCUGUGACAGUAGUGCCCAUCUUCCUGAAGUACCUCCUGAUGGGGACUUGGAGGAGGAGGGUGCUGAAGAUUUGUUGAACAAGGUUGUGAAGAGCUCGCCACAAGAGGAGGAUGCAGUAGGUCGUUCCAUAUGUCUGGAAACGUGUCAGGAGUUUGCUGCAGGAGUAACUGACACGAGUAGCCAUCUGUCUAAGGCAAUUGAUCGAGAUGAGGGUGCGGAAGUCGAGAAAGGGACGCAGGAGGAGGAUGCAAUGCGUCUGAGUCACAUACAAACACUGUCAGGAGCUUGCGAGGGUUCUGCUACUGGAGUCACAGACAUGACCGCCCAUCUAUCUGUCGCUGCAGGAGUCACAGACACGAGCGACCACCUAUCAGAAGCACCGGCUACAGGAGAGGGCACCGAAGAUUUGAAGGAGAUCGUGGAAACCUUGCUACAAGAGCAGGAAUCCACCGGGGGAUUGAGCCUGCCUGCCAACAGGGACAAGACACAGGGUGUGGCGGAUCAAAUAGCAGUGGGAGAAGAACGUAGUGAAUCUGCUGAUGCAGGCGAAAAGGAUGUUUUUCCUCUCGAGGUGUCGACCAGGGAGGAGGGUACAGACGGCGGGCAAGUGUUGGGGGAAGGACAUUUGGAAAAAGCACAAUCUGCCGUGGUGGACCUCCGCCAGCCUAUUGGCCCUGAAGAGGAGAAGCAGGGACUUCAAACUCUAAGGGAAGAAGGGGAGAGUUUAGCGGAAGAGGACAUGUCUGUCCUCAGUGUCCUGCCAUCGAAUGUGCCAAGUGGUGCUGGAAACAAGGAGCCAUCCUCCGAGAGUCUUGAAAUCUCACUGACAGAAUUUUUGGGUAUGUGCCAGGAUGGUAGUGACACCGGGACGGUGAAUGGUACGAGUGUUGGAAUUCAAGUUCCUAUCCGCACCAUCAGCAACUCUGAUGAAGGUGGCACAACUUUUGCGUUGGCUGGAGCCAUGAUGCCGGGGCAUAUGGAAACGGAGGGUUGUGAGGCAUUGGAAUCGAUUGGUGCGACUGGGGGUCCAAAAACUUCGGACUUCAGGGAACCAACCGAGGGUUCGAAAACGUUUUAUGUCGGUGGGUUCUCAAAGAGGGAUCAUAUCGACACUCAAGCUGAUGCGUGUCUACAUGCAGAUUUGAAUGAGAAAGGUACGGUUGCAGAAACCUGUCAGGAUUUGGAUGCAGGAGUAACUGACAAAAGCGGCCAUCUUUCUGAGGCAAGUGGUGGAGUGAUGGGCGCUGAAGAUGCGAAAGGGAUUGCGGAAAGUUUGCCGCAGGAGGAGGAAUCCGAUGCAAUGGGGCGUCACAUGCAAACAGGUACUUGCCAGGAUUCUGCGGCCGGAGUCACAGACACGAGUGACCAUCGUCUUUCUGUUGCUUCAGGAGUCACGGACACGAGUGACCAUGUUUCCGAAGCACCGGCUAGAGGAGAAGGGACUGAAGAUGAUGUGACGGAGAGUGGGGAAAAGCAAUUGCGGCAAGAGGAGGAAUUGCAGGAAAGCACAGGAGAACAGGGGUUACCCCAGCCUGGGAGCACGGACGAGGGUGUGGCAGAUCAAAUUGCAAUGGGAGAGGAAUGUUAUCAUGCUGAUGCAGGCAAGGGGGAUGUCGUCCUUAACGAGUUGUCGAGCAAGGAUGACCUGAAGGAAGGGACAGAGCGAGGGCAAGUCGUGGGGGAAGCAAGUUUGCAGUCUGUUGCAAUGGACCUUCCCCAGCCUCUAGGCCCUGAAGAGGAGAAGCAGGGACGUGAGACUCCGAGGGAAGAGAGGGAAAGUAUAGUGGAUGAGGACAUGACCGUCCUGGCAUUGAACGUGCCAAGUGACACGGGAUGUGAGGACCGAUCGGAGAGUCUGGACAUUUCAGAUUCCUUGGGAAUGGGCCAGGAAUCCCAGGAUGGUAAUGCCAGGAUGACAGAGAGUCUGGACAUUUCAGGUUCCUUGGGAAUGGGCCAGGAAUCCCAGGAUGGUAGCGCCGGGAUGAAGGGUACGAGCGAUGGAGAUGAAGGUGGCACAACUCUUGUGAUGAGUGGAGGCAUGAUGAAGGGGCAUCAAGAUGUGAAAAUGGAGGGUUGUGAGUCAUUGGACUCGAUUCGUGCAACCGUAACUUUUGACUCCUUGGGGCCAACGGAGGGCUCAAAAACAUUGCACGUCGUUGGGUUUGCAAAGGUGGACAUCAAUUUGCAAGUUGAUGCAGGCAGCAUGGAUAUGUUAUCGUCUGAUGCGAGUCCACUUGCAGAUUCGAAUGAGAAACUCACGGUUGAUGGAGGGGAGGCGAAGUCAGAUAUCCUGCCAGUGGGGGAAGAGGAGCCCAUUAAGGCCGACCAACUUCAUGGCCGCAAGGAUGUGGAGAAUGCUGCAUCUGAACCCCUGACGCGCGGGGCUGCUGACUCGCAGACUGAUAUGGAUGUGGAUGGUAAAUUUCUUUUGCUUUCUGAAGAGGCUAGGAAUGCAGAAGGGAAGCAGGUUGCAGGUGAGCGUACUGUGGCCUGGGAGGGAAGUCCGAGCAGUGAGGGUAGUGAACUGGCAAGAUCAGGGGCCGUCAUGAUGGGUGCGCAUGAUACGUCCACUGCGGAGGACGACAAAAUCACGACUGCCAUAGAUGUGAGUGAUGGUGGUAGCAAAUCGGAAAGAAAUAUGACAGCUCCCAAAUCAGCGGCUGUUGCAUGUGAGGGUGGGGAACGAGGGAAGAAUGAACCGGAGAGGGAAGCAGAGAAGGAACUUGAAGUGGAGGAGGGACGUGAGACUGUGCCAAAGCUGGAGCGUGUGUCUGUGGCACAGCUAGCAGCAGGUUUGAGAAUAGAGGAUUCUACGGAUGAGAACGAUGAGCUUGAAUCGUCGACAGGGAAAUGGGACGUGCAACUGCUACGGCGGGCAGCAAAGAAAUGGCUGGUAGCAGCAGCUGAGGAGAAGCAGGUGUUCUCUCCUUGAGACACAGAAGUCAGUCUGUGCAUGCUGCGGAGUCAGCAUUGCAAGC